AUGGACCUCAAGUCGAUUCUGCCGCCAGCCAAGGGCAUUCUGCCCUACUACAUGCUCAUCCUCUCCGUCGUGUCCAUCGGCAACUCCCUCCAGGCAUACGCGACGCUGCACUUCUCGCGGCGCGUCUACAACGGCCGCUUCAUCCGAAACCCGAAGCUGCCGCCCGCCUCCGCCAAGUUCGACCCCGAGGACUCGCCCAACAAGCUGGUGCACGCCCAGAACGACCCUAAGGCCACCGACCAGCUGACGCCCCUCGCCGGCCGGCUCUUCGGGACGUGGACGCUCAUCACCUGCAUUGUGCGCUGCUACGCGGCGUACCACCUGGACCUUGGGCCCGUGUACAAUAUCGCCAUCUGGACGUACGUUGUGGCGCUGGGACACUUUGCCAGCGAGCUGUUUGUGUUUAGGAGCAUGACCUUUGGCCUGCCUCAAAUCUUUCCGUUUACGCUGGCUACGACGGCGCUCAUCUGGAUGCCCAUGGUCCGGAGCCACUACGUCGAGUUUGAGUAGAUAU